UAACAAAUGUCAAUUAUCUUUCCAAUCGCAACCCCUGCGCUUCAAUGGGUUGUAACCUGUUUCGAAUUUGGGUUACAACGUUGAGGUUAUGUUAACACUGGAAAAAUCCAAACAACUUCCUUGAUUAAUUUACAGACAUAAUAGCAAAAAUGUCGACUUUGGAGUUCUCUGAGAAAUUGGUUCACAAUUGUGAAAUUUGCCCAUACUUCACAACUUCGGUAUUUCUAUUGACGACGCACGCCAGACGACACCAGUCACUUCAGCGUUUUAAUUGUGAAAAUGUCAACAUCGAACCCUAUUAUUGCAAAGACUGUGAUGUCCAAGCAGAACUUACCUUGAUUUUUAAACAUCACCUUGAACUGCACCAUGGCGUUAAAAGCAAUAAAGAAUAUGAAAUUCAGAGCUACAUUUGCAGAAAAUGCAGCUUUGAAACUUUCUGCUCCCUUAAGUGGCUUCAACAUACUACGGUAUGUUUAGGGAGUCAAGAAAACCCUCAGAUACCAAAUGGUAAAAGUGGUGCAGAAAACACAGUGUUCACUUGGCAUAAGUGUGACCAGUGUGAAUACCAGAGUAAGUGUAAGCGUUACUUAAAAAAUCACAAAAUUCUGAAACACUUGACUGAUGAUGAAAUACACUGGUAUUAUUGUUCAGAGUGUUCAUUUAAAGCCAAAUUGAAUCGCCAGUUAAAAAGCCACAUGUAUUCACGGCAUUUUGGGGAGGGAGGCAUUAAUAAAUGCAGACAGUGUUCAUUCAAAAGCAAACAUAGGUCGUCUUUAUAUAAACACAUAAAUGAACACCACUUAAAUGCUUUAGGUAUUAAAUUGUAUGAAUGCGAAAUACGCCCAUAUAAAUCUGGCCAAGGAAACAAUUUAGAACUUAAUAACGAAUGUAAAAAGUCUUCAUUUAACGACGCGAGUUUUAAAUGGCAUCAGUGCCAACAAUGUCCUUUUAAGACUAUGUACAGUUCUGGCUUACGGCAUCACGUAAAAACGCAGCAUUUAGCCGAGCAGGAUAUUAAAUGGUACGAAUGCAAGUGGUGUUCAUUUAAAACUAAAAUUAAGUUGUCUUUAAACCGACACAUUAAUUCGUUCCAUUUAAAUGAAAACGAAGCCACAUGGUACGGAUGCGAUUGGUGUUCAUUCAACACCAAAAACCAGUGCUCUUUGAGUAGACACAUAAAAGCGCGUCAUUCUGAUCAACAUAAAGUUAAAUGGUACGAGUGCAAAAUGUGUCCAUACAGAACUAAAGACAUUUUGAAUUUGAACACUCAUAUAAGUUUGCAUCACUCAAAACAUACAGAACAAACUAUUAAAGGGUACGAAUGCGUUAAAUGCAAAUUCAAAACACACUACAUUUUUAAUUUGAGAAAUCACAUAAAAAUGCUCCAUUCUGAUGAACCUGACCACGAUAUUAAACGGUACGAGUGCGAAAAAUGUCCAUUCAAAACAAAAUAUAGUUCUAGUUUAAAAAAUCACAUGAAAACGCGACAUUCAGUCAAAGGGGAACAUACUAUUAAACAUUCGGUCAAAAAGGAACGUAAGAUUAAAUCGUACGAGUGUCAAAAAUGCCCGUUUGUCACAAAACAUCAGGCUAAUUUAAGCAGGCACACAAACGCGCGACACUUGCAAGGAAACGACGUUAAAUGGUACAAGUGUAAAUUGUGCCAGUUCAAAAGUAAAGACAAUUCAAAUAUAGCCAGGCAUGUAAAGCUGCGCCACGAAAACAAUGCGAAAUUGUACGAAUGCCAACAAUGUCCAUACAAAACCCGACACCAGUCGAACAUAACAAGUCACAUCAAUGCCAAACAUUCGGAAGGACAAGAUAUUAAAUGGUACGAAUGCGACUGUUGCCCAUUCAAAACCAAACGUAUGUCGCAUUUGUGUAGGCACGUCAAAGCGUGCCAUAAAGAACAGGACAUUAAAUGGCAUGGAUGCGAGAGCUGCGAAAAUAAAACCAAAUGUAGUUCUGAAUUAAAGGUCGACGUAAAAGCAGAACAUUUGGACGAAGACGAACAACAUUGAAACCAAAACAACGCGGAAUGCUAUAAACUAACCUCACUUUUUUGUAUAAUAAAAUGAACCCUGUUCAACUGUCAGUUACACAUAAUAAUAUGGAUUAAUAAAACACAUGCGUUUUU